ACUUUCACUUGCUAUUAAAGUUAAAGAACACUUAGCGAUAGAUCACAAAACAGUUUGGCAACAAAACCAACUUUAGCAGCCCACUAAAUUGACCAAUCACAGCUCGUGUACUAACUGAGAGAUAUAAUAAUGUUUGUUACUUCUCCAAGUGCACCCUAAAAUACUUUGAGGGCUCUAAAUAGAUAUGGUGUUUGGUCCUUCGCACCCAAAACACCCCUAAGCAAGAAAGAGCAUCUCAGAACCUUUUCAUAUGGGAUUCCCCCUUCCCUCUGCAUCUCUGGGACAUUUUCAGGCCCAGAUUUUACCAUCUCAGUAUAGUUGUAGGGAUGUGGACAAGAAGAAAAUAAGAAAUUCCUUCAACUACCUCUCCAGAUUAUGUUGUUAGUGUGAUUCUAAAUUUAAAAUUUAAUUUUUAACACCAUGACUUUCUUUUACCGGCAAUCCUCAUUGUUGUUUUGACUCGGUUGAUUUUUUUUCUCAGGCACAAUUUUUGCAUAUGGGCAGACAGGAACGGGUAAAACAUUCACAAUGGAAGGGGUGCGUACAGUUCCUGAACUGCGUGGAAUCAUCCCAAACUCAUUUGCACAUGUCUUUGGGCAUAUUGCUAAGAAGGAUGGUGACAUUAGGUUUCUUGUUCGAGUCUCAUAUUUGGAAAUCUAUAAUGAGAAUGUGCGAGAUCUACUGGGGAAGGAUCAGAAUGCAAAACUUGAGGUAAAGGAGAGGCCGGAUGUUGGAGUUUAUGUAAAGGAUUUGUCAUCAUAUGUAAUGAACAAUGCAGAUGAUUUAGACAAGACAAUGACACUAGGAAACAAAAACCGUUCUGUUGGGUCUACAAACAUGAAUGAACGAUCUUCCCGUUCACACGCAAUCUUCACCAUCACUGUUGAAUGCAGUGAGAAAGGACCUGAUGGUCAACACCAUGUCCGCAUGGGAAAACUGCAUCUUGUUGAUUUGGCUGGAUCAGAAAGACAGGCCAAGACAGGUGCAACAGGUCAAAGGUUGAAGGAAGCAACACAAAUCAACCUGUCCCUCUCCACCCUGGGGAAUGUUAUAUCUGCCUUAGUAGAUGGAAAGAGCACUCAUAUUCCAUACAGAAAUUCUAAGCUCACAAGACUGCUUCAAGACUCUCUGGGUGGAAAUUCCAAGACAGUCAUGAUUGCUAACAUUGGCCCAGCAGACUACAACUUUGAUGAGACAAUAAGUACCCUCAGGUAUGCAAACCGUGCUAAGAAUAUCAAGAACAAGGCUAAGAUCAAUGAAGAUCCAAAAGAUGCACUGCUGAGAGAAUUCCAGAAAGAGAUUGAAAGACUCAGGGCUCAGCUGGCAGAAGAGGGUGAGGGAAGUGGUGGUAGCGAGGUAAGUGAAUCUGAAGAGGAAGUUGUAGAGGAAGGCGUGACAGUCAAAAGAAAGAAGAAACACCGAAGAAAAAGCAUGCAUGCUCUUCCUCCUGAUAAAGUAGCUGAACUGAGAGCUAAGAUUGACGCAGAACGGGAAGAACUGAAGCAGAAGACAGACAUGGCUGAGGAAGAGAGAAACAAAGCUGCCAAGGAAUUGGAAAAGAGAGAAAAAGACAUCCAGGAAUCUGAACUGGAGCACAAAAAGCUUCAAGAUAAAUUGGCUGCUGUGGAGAGCAAGAUCAUUGUGGGAGGAGUGAACUUGCUAGAGAAGGCCAAAGAACAAGAAAUCCUCUUGGAACAAUCUGCUAAAGAACUUGCAGAGAGGAACGAAAGAGAAAAGCAACUUCAGAAACUUAUUGAGGAAAAAGAGCAAGAGAGGGUUGACAUUGAAGAGAAGUAUGCCAACCUUCAGGAAGAGGCUGCUGGCAAAACCAAGAAGCUGAAGAAAGUAUGGAGCAUGCUUAUGAGUGCUAAGUCUGAGAUGGCUGAUCAACAGCAGGAACACCAGCGUGAAACUGAAGGUCUGCUGGAUAGCAUCAGAGAACUACGUAAAGAACUUCAGUUUGAAACACUGUUGAUUGAGACAUUCAUACCAGCUGAAUUUCAGGAACUGAUAGAGCAGCAUGUUUCCUGGAAUGAAGAGAUAGGAGAAUGGCAGCUUCAAUUUGUGGCAUAUACUGGGAACAAUAUGAGGAAAGCGUCUCCAAGUCCAGACCCUAAAGACAAGAACAAAGAGCUCAAUGAUACAGAUAUAUCCAGUGUGUAUUUAAGUUAUGAACACAUUAACUACUCCAUGGGUUAUGAUGAACCAACUGUUAGGCCUAAAAGUAGUCGUCCAAAGUCUUCCCGCCCAAAGACGGCAGGCAGACCCAAGACUGGAAAGAAGAAAAAGUCAGAAGGUGAAGAUGGUGCGAGCAAAAGUAAAGAAGAUGAUACUGAAAAGUAUCCCCAGUCUAGAAGGCUUCUAAGCCCAAAGAAACACUUUGCAUAGCAAUUUAUUUUGCCCUGUUCCAAUAGGCAGGGAUUUCAUGACUUUGUCGGAUUACAUUGCACAGCAAUUGUAAAAGUUGCUUAAAAAACAUAGUUUGAAGACAGUUUAUUGUACAGAAAAUAGCCAAUUCCAGGCUCUCAUUUGUAUUGUAUUGACUGGCAUUCUUCAAGGUUCUCACAGGCUCUCACAGGCCCCAGUUUGUUUCUUACAAGCACGUGGAGAUGGCAUGGCCACCUCACAUGGUUUUACGACUGGCUUUUCAAGAUGGAGAUGUGACGUGGGCUUGGUUGUUCAAAAGCUGGAUGCCUCUGUUAACAGAAUAAGUUACUAUCCAGUAGAUAGCUCAGUUUUUUGUUCACAGUUAUCCACUUGAUGGUGAUUUGUUUGGUGGAUAGUGUUUCCACCCUUUGAACAACUGGUCCUCUAAAUUUUAAGUGAUGAAACUAGAGGUCAAAUGUAAUUUAUUUUACCAGAUAUCCUUUUUGGGAUUUUCUGAAAGAAUUUGCUUAUUAAGGAAAACAAUUUUUCUAGUUUGGCAAACAAAAAUAAACUUCAAAAUUCCAUUCUUACUGAAUUUCCAAAUUGUCUUGAUGGAAAGGCAUGGUAGUUGCAUGCAGUAUUUGACUAUGUAUUAUUUUAUUGUUUAUUUGAAAGGAAGCUAACCUGUACAUAGUGGAAUAAAAUUGGUUGAAGAAUAAUAGCAUAUAGUUGUUUUCAUGUACAAAUGUUUGGCUUAGGUUUACUUGCAUUUGGUAUUGUUUCAAAUUGAAAGCAUAUUACAUAUUCUGGUAUACUGGUAUUUUAAAAACAUUUGCCUUUGUGAUAUAAUUAAUAUUGGUUCCAGUCACUAAUGAUUAUGUACAUACAAAGUGAAGUUCUCUUAAAUUCAUAUAUAGAGCAUGUAUUUGCAAUAAAUGCUUUUAAACUACACCUUUCUCA